UGGCUCAAGCCACGUGACUGCAGUCUGACUCGCUCCAUCAAGCGCCUUGAUUGCCAGUCGCAUUGCCCGAACAUGGAGACAACAGUCAGUGCGAUCCAGGCGGUCGUGGAGGCAUAUGUCUCCAGCGUUGCACCCAGCAUGGCGGCCUCUGGCUUCUUGACUCUGGCGCCGUGGAGCUCGCAGGGCAAGCCGGCCAACCUGCUGGACGUGGCAGGCUGUGGAGAGCUGAGCUUGGAAAGCAUCACCGAGAUGGCGCAGGAGCGCGAAGCCGUGCUGAUGCUGUCCGUAUACGGGACGACGUGGGAGAAGAGGGGAGCGCUGUGCCUCCUCGGCUAUCUGAGGACGGCGCACCCCGACUUGCUCGUCAUCUUGCUGCAGCUUCCAGAUCGGCUGGACCCCGGGCUGACCAAGGACUGCCUUCGUACAUUGAUGGAUCGUCAGGACGAGCUCUCCAGCUUGUUGGGGCGCACGGCGUGUCGAUGGCGCUGGAAUGUGACCCAGAGGCGCUGCUACAGAAGGUACGCUUGGAGAUCAAAGAGAGCGCCGUCCUCCAGCAGCGCCUGCGCGAAUUCGAUGCCCUCUCGAGCCGAGGGAUACAUUCUGCGAGCGACUGCAAAGCGAUCGAGUCCAAGUUCGACUGCCUUUUGUGGAAGACCAUCCCAGAUCUGCUCUUUCCUGGCUUCGCGCCUUUGGACAAGCGCUUGCAGGAGACGGGGGCCUUGGGUUGGGGAUUUCCGGAUCGUGCGCUCGUACGCGACCCAGAAGCACGUCUUGUUGGCGGUCAACGAGCAGCAUGAGAACACGGUGUGAUCAAGGUGUGCAACAAGCGCAGCGUCACUGAUGCCACACAGAUGGAAUGCAUCUACCAGGAAUUCUGUUUCUUGAAGAACACUCUUGACCAUCCGAACAUCAUCCGCUGCGAAGGCAUGCUGCACAGCUGGUGCAAUGUGCACCUGGUUCUCCAGUAUGGUGGUGACGUGUGCAUGGAGCAGGCUUUGUCGACUCAACUAGGCCAUCGCUUGUCCAGGGACGACGCCUUGAAAUGCAGUGCACAGGUCGCGAGUGCUCUGUCCUACUGCCAUGCCCUGGAUGUCGUCCAUGGGCAAGUGUCGUUGAGGCACGUGGCGGUAGAGAUUGCUUGCGGUCGGCACAUUUGCCGCCUCGUGGAUUUCAGCAUGGCAGCCCACGUCCCAGACUCCAGCCAGAGAGAGACCCGUUGCAGCUCUCUGCGCUCUCUGCCAUGCGUCGCUCCAGAGACAGCGCUGGAGGAGCCGUGCCUGCCCAAGCCGGCAGACUGUUGGAGCCUCGGGGUGGUGUUCUUGGAGAUCUCUUGUGGGCAGGGCUCGCUCGAGCUGUCGGUCCAGUGGCGUCGUGAAGAGCCCCUCGCACGUGCCGCACGGCGGAUGCUCGAGUUCUUCGCCCGGGCCGGCUGCCACACCGAUGCGAUGACGAAGAGGGGCCACGCGCACGACGACACGACAGUGGUUUGCUUGCGGGCGGCGCUGACGCCCGAGCAGGCUCGCAGAGCGAGUGCUUCCGAGAUGGUGGGGUUUCUCUCUAUGGGGCACGCGGAGGUGGAAUCUGAUGCAGCAGCCCGUGUCUAACAACUCGGUGUCGCAGGCUGCCUUCCGGCUCUGGCGAGCGCACGGCGUGUUCGGUGUCUGUGCGCUGCCAGCGCGCGUGUGCAGUGGUCCAUGCAGAGCACAGCUUCGCACACACAAGUACGCCGCCGACUGGGUCGACUGUCGGUCCCACGCCGCAGUCUAUGUAGGCGCAGUCGGCGCCCACGGCGCCAGACGCCCACAGUUGACGUCGUCGGACGUCGUCGGCGAGGCAUGCGCGCGAUUAAGUUAGUGGUUAGCAUUGACAUUGAGGGGGGAUGGGGGGAUGGAGAAGCUGGAGGAGUCCUCGACGGGACAACCCUACAGGCCUCAGGCUGGCGGAAACGAUCCGAAGGAUGACGUCGCGGGUCCACGUGGGUUUUUUCUGCACACGCGAGGUGCGCUACCGACAGCAGCUUGCGUAGCUAACGCCCUCCUUGUUGUGCAUGCAGCCUUCUUUUUCACCGCUAAUGCGCGCCCUUUCUAUCCGCCUGUUCAGGGUACGAUGUCCCGCCGAGUUUCCAUUUCACGUGGUCAUGCAGUUCCGAUGUGUUGCACAGGGUGCCAUGUCCUGUGUGGCAUCGCUUGCAGGCGGUGCCCGCACCUGCGUCCUUUUCCUCAGCCUCCGCUGAGCGGGACCGAAGAGGGUCGUUUUCCGGUGUUUUCGAGCUUUGCAGAUGCACCUUGGAAUUACUCUGUCUGUUUGUCUGUCUGUCUGUCUGUCUGUUUGUCUGUCUUCUUCUUCAUCUUCUUUCUUUCGCUUAUCCAUCGCCCCCCAUUUCUUCCGCGCGGCGCCAACUUCCUGCCUUGGUGGCCGGUGUGGAGCGUCGCCGCUUCCCGUGCGGCGCCCGACCCGCGCGCCCGCGACGGCACGGCCGCGGCCAGCUGACACCCGGCGCCGCGGCGGCCGCUGCUGCAACAAGAAAACAACCUAGGCCUCCCA